AUGCUCAGUGUUACAAAUUCCUUCAAAAUUGGUACUGCCGUACUAAAUGCUGAGCCAUCCAAUGAUUUUUCAUGUGAAGAUAACCAGAUCAAGCUAUAUCUGAGGCCAAAACCGUAUGGUCAUUCAAAGUUUUGGAGACAUUUGUUGGGUAUGGCCAGGUAUUUGAUGUUUCUGCAGAACAGGCGAAGACGUAUCGAGCGUCGUGUAUUCCGAGACAGGCAAAAUCCGCUGGAUUAUAUGGAUGACGAAUCGCUGCUUUUAAAUUAUCGCUUUGAUAGACAAACAAUUUUCAACUUAUGCGCAGAGCUGGAAGACGGCUUAAGAAGACCAACAUACAGAAAUCAGUCUCUUCCAGUCUCCUUGACUGUUGCUAUCGCCUUAGGAUAUUAUGCAAGUGGCAGUUUUCAGUCUGUAUUGGGACGUGCUCACGGAGUAACAGCGAUGUCCGUUUCUAGGAGUAUUCAUUCAGUAUCUGCUGAACUCUGCCAUCUCCAUGAACAUCAUAUAACAUUUCCCGAAAGGCAACGGGAUAUUGCUAAAGUCAAGCAAGAUUUCUACAACAUCAGUGGAUUUCCUAACGUGAUCGGUGCUGUUGACGGUACACUUGUCCCAGUUAUAGCUCCGUCUGUAGACGAACCCCUUUAUGUAACAAGAAAGGGCUUUCAUGCAAUAAAUGUACAGGGCAUCUGUAAUGCUCAGUUUGAAUUUCAAAAUCUAGUAGUGAGAUGGCCUGGUUCCACACAUGACGCGUAUAUAUGGAAUAAUAGCGCCAUUUCCAGAUUUUUGGCCGCGGCUAACCUAAACAAUAGCUGGUUGCUAGGAGAUAGCGCAUAUCCCUUACAAACUUUUCUCUUGACGCCCAUUUUAGCUCCAACCACGGUUGCCGAGAGACAAUAUAAUGCUUGCCAUAAACGCACAAGAUGCAUCAUUGAACGAACAUUUGGCCUGUGGAAAAUGCGUUUCAGAUGCCUUCACAAGUCGGGCGGUUACCUGAUGUACUCUCCGCAACGAAAUAUAAACAUCAUAUGCGCAACUGGAAUAUUACACAACAUCUGCAUCAGAAGAAGAAUUCCGAUUCCAGCUACCGGAGAUGACAAUAAUGACGACAACGAAGGAGACAUGAUACAAGACGACGGAUAUUGUAACGCCCUCCAACAGGACGCAACGGGUCGUCGUGUAAGAGACAGGCUGCUUCAGCACACAUUUACUUAAAAUUGCUCGACAUCAACUUGGAUAGAGUUCACACUCCUAUAAAACUUUCCGUACAGUAUGUUCAAGAAUUAUUAUUUUAUAUACCGGUAUUGUUAUCGAAGCACGAUCAAAUUACCAUUAAAUACAAUAAAACCUAGAUAAUUCGUUACAUUGAUAUUCCCACCAAAGAGAUGUUGAAAAAGUAAAUGCCUAAAGGCAAUAUGUCGAGCCCGCGUAUUGUCAGUAUGUAUCAUAAAAUCAUAUUUGACCUUUAAAUUGCAAGUGUGACAUUUGACCUUUUGAAUGUUGACAGAUUUUGCGCACCACAUACCGUCUCAUGACGGUGAGCAAAGGUGUCAGGCCAUUUGAAAAUCAAACAUUAAAUGACAAAGUAAACUUUUAAAAACUCUAAGUGUGACCUUGA